AUGAAGACAUCAAUUUUCACCUUAGUAUUGGCAACCCUCGCUGCAGGGUUCAACUUUGACAAGAGAAGCCCGGUGUCUUACAAUGGAUAUCAGGUUCUCCGCGUCAAGACUCUUAGCCAACUGGCAUCCGUGCAGAAGAAGCUAGCUUCGAUUCCCCAUGAACAAUGGAAUCACGAUGUAGAAACACACAUAGACAUCGUCAUCUCCCCCGACCAAGUCGAGAGCAUUGAGGCGCUCGGACUCGACUUCCGCGUGUUGCACAAGGAUCUCGGCGAGUCGAUCAGCGCCGAGUCCCAGAGCAGCAGCACUUACAAGCGCGACAUCAGUGACCUCUCGUGGUACAAUUCUUACCACCCGUACGAGGACCAUGUUCACUACUUCGCCGAUCUCCACGAUGCUUUUCCCAAUAACUCCAAGCUGGUCUACUCCGGCCAUUCGUUCGAGAAUCGUUCCAUCCAUGGGAUUCACCUUUUUGGCGAUGGUGGUCCUGGGAGGCCUGCCGUGCUUUACCACGGAACUGUGCACGCAAGAGAAUGGAUUUCAGCUCCGGUUGUCGAAUACAUCACUCUUCAGUUGAUUAAGGCUCAUCAGGACGCCAACGCUACGGACUCUAUCCUAAACGAAUAUGACUUUCAUAUAUUCCCUGUUGUGAACCCUGAUGGUUUUGUUUACUCCCAAGAGGUCGACCGCCUCUGGCGCAAGACUCGCACCCCUCCACCUCUGAACCAGACCUGCUAUGGCACCGACAUCAAUAGGAAUUGGGAGUUCGGCUGGAAUGCCAACCCCUUUGGCGCUUCCACCAACUCAUGCGCGCAAGCUUACCGUGGCCAAAAGCCGUCCGACACCAUUGAGAACCAAGGCCUCGACGCCUACGUCCGCAAGCUCCGCGACAGCAGCGGUAUUAAGCUGUACAUCGACUGGCACAGUUAUGGCCAGUAUAUCCUCUCACCGUUUGGUUUCAACGAGACUUUGUACGCUCCCGAGCUCGGUAAGUGGACCAAGACCGCGUCUGUUCUCAGCGAGGUUAUCCGCGAUAGCUCCGAGAGACGCACAACCUUCACAUUCGGACCCAGUGGGGCUACACUCUACACCACCACUGGCGCUGCGCCGGAUCAUGUUUAUGCGAUUGGCGGAGCCGACUUCUCGUACACCAUUGAGCUUCCAGACACUGGUGACUACGGCUUCGUACUGCCUCCUGACCGCAUUCUUGGGGUUGCUGAGGAACAGUGGGAGGGCCAGCAGGUUCUGUACUCACUUUUGGAUGAGGAGUUCUUUGACGGAAUAGGCGAUGCAUAG